GUUUGAUGAACUUUGUGUGGAGGCGUCACAGAGUUCUUCUCUGUUAUCAGCAUCAGGGCUGAACACACAGGUAUAUAAGAGGUAACCCUGACAACCAUCCAGCAGAACCAGAGGCCAUGGAGAGAGCGAGAAACUUUGUUCUGUGCGUCUGUCUGGGUGUCUUUUUACUGGACGGCUAUCAGGCAACAACUCCAACCAUAUGCAGCUCCUGUUCAAACAUUUCAGGCACAACAGAGUCUGCAAACGACACCCAUCCCUCAGAGCCCGCUGGGCCCGCAGAGACCACGCCACUGAUCAACCACAGCGCCGGCCCAACUACCUCCGGCUUCCACAGCAGCAAAGGUCCGCCUUCAGCCUCCCCCGUCUUCCCCUCAAGCUAUCCUCAGACAAACACGGUGACCUCAGCGGCGACUGGGACCUCCACGGCUGGGCAGGAGCCAGGCAGGGACACCUCAACCCCCCCGGCAGCCUCCACGCCAUCGGGCAGCUCGUCCUGCACGCCUGGAGGCUGCAGCCCAAUACUGCUGUGUGCCGCCUGUGUCCUGCUGCUCUCCUAAAUCCUUGGCAUCUCGUGGUUUUUUUAUGUGAAGCAGAAAUAAAUCAAAAUUUCAGUUCAUUUUAUUGCAAAAAAAAAAAAAAAAACAGCUUUCUGACAAGAUGAAUGAUUAAAAACAGCAACAAGUCGCCUCCAUGCCCCCAAAUCUUCUCUGCAGCUCGCAGCACCGGGGCAUUGCCAGCGGCAAGAAAUAACAAAUAUUCUUCAGAUUACUGCAACUCUUCGCCUGUUUACGAAAUUAACAUAACUCCGACAAAAUCUGAGGGGAGGACAGCAGCUAUUCCCCGAGAUUUGACGCUUUACAGUAGUGAUCAGUUGAUUCUGACGGGGAGAAAAGCGGUUUUUGCGCCGUUAUGCAACACUUAUCGUCAGAGCCUCCUUUCUCAACGCCAGAAUAAGCAGAUUGAAGAUGAUCGCAUGAACAGUCGAAGAGUUUGAAUAAGUUAAAGAGCGUGUGUUACAUUUUGGUGUGGCCGGUAACAUAGCCAAGUGUUAAAGGUUAACCCUAACCAAAAUAACACACGCUAUUCACAGUUAUCACAAUGAACCAAUUCCAACUGAUUUUGCAAUAGGCGAUUUUGGCGGAAAGCUGCUUUUCUCUGCAUUUGAAUCCGUUGGUUUUUGUUGAUUGUGUAAAUACUUCACUACUUUAUUACAUAUCAAUGCAAAGCUGUUUUUCUCAGUUUCAAAAUCUGAUGGAAUUACGUUAAUUGCACAAACAGUUGAAGAGUUACAGUGGAACUGAAAAAGAACACCAACGCUGGAGUUGAAGCUCCGGUGUUUGAGGGUUUAAGUGAACCUUCAGAACCUCGCAGACCUAUUUACCAUGAAAUCCUUUUUUUUUUUGCUUUUAACAAUCUUUAACUUCUCUCUGAAAAAAGCUUCAGACAGAUUUAAGCUCCUUUUUCAUUUAAUUAUUAGUAAGAAAAUCAAAAAUAUGUAAAAUUAAAAAAGUUAUAAGUUUUUAUUUUUAAGGAACAUGUUAAGGUGCAAGUCCUUCCCAGACAGGAAUGUGUAAUUUAACUAAUACACACAUGAGCUGCACAGGGAGCCAAGAUUUGGGGGCCAUAGUAAAACUUGAUGAAACUUGGAAAUAAAUGGUUCUGCUGAUGCGUAAAUUAAAAAAAUAAAACUUUAACCCAAACAUUUGUCACUACAUAAGUCCUAAAUGAUACGAUUCAAUAUUUUCAGUUCAAUAUUAAUUCAAUAUUAAGUCCAGAUGCCAUGAAAUCACUUCAAGAUGUAUUUGAACUAUUGUUUUAAUUGCUUUACUAUCUAUUUUUUUUAUAAAAUGGGAGCUUAUAUUCACACUUUUCAUACGUUUUUUAAUUCUAAUAUACACUAUAGUUGCUGAGAUGUAAUCAUAAUACCAUGGGCCCACCUUGAUGGCUCAUUAUUGAUAAAUAAAAUGGUGACAAAA